AGUUUUCGAAUCGUUGUUUCUACCAGCGACAUUUUGUACCUAACUGCGGCUCUCAUGGCAGCUACUCCAGACUUUUCCUCAGCUAACGAAGAGAAGGAGAAGAGUACAGAGGAGUUGAAAGAACAGGACCGAUUUUUACCAAUCGCCAAUGUAGCCAAAAUCAUGAAAAGAGCCAUACCAAACUCAGGAAAAGUAGCAAAAGAUGCCAAGGAAUGCGUUCAAGAAUGCGUCUCCGAAUUUAUAAGUUUUUUGACUUCUGAAGCCAGUGACAGGUGUCAGGCAGAGAAAAGAAAAACAGUUAAUGGAGAGGAUAUAUUAUGGGCAAUGACACAAUUGGGCUUUGAUAACUACGUAGAACCUCUUAAAGUUUUUUUAACCAAGUACAGAGAGUCUGUACAGCAAGUAAAAUUGGAUACUGAUAAAAUAACAGGAGAUAUGGAAAUGAACGAUGAAAGUGGUUUAAGCAUCAUAGGAAUCGAUAAGCAUUUGUUUACUGCUUUGAUGGGUAAAGAGGAAAAAUACCGACAAACGCCUACUGCGGCUGCGCAAGCCGGAACUUCAGGCAGUAAAGGCCCUACAUAUACAGCGGAUAAGAAUAAGGCGAAGAUGUCUGCCAAGGCUAACAAAAAAUGGGUGAGAUUAGCUACCGUAUUAGCAUAUGUGCUGUCCGUCUCUUUGGCCGCCAUCGUUCUGGCUAUCUACUAUAGUCUAAUAUGGAAUCCAAAUAUCAUUCGAGCUACUGUGACACCUUCCACUAUGUCUCCAGACUCUUCAGAAACACCUCCAUCAACGCCGAACUCUACUGACAUAUAA